ACUGUGUAUUUAGACACUUUCGACAUGAAUAAUAGAUUUAAUCCGCCAUUUUGAUAACUUGGAUGAUUAUUAUAUAUAUGUGUAAAAGUGACUAAUUCAAAAAAAAUGGAAUUAGGCGAAAUGUAAUUGUUUCAUGUUUAAAAAAUUUGUGUGUGCGAUUGAGGGCAUCAACGUAAAACAUUAAAAGUUAAUGUGGAAUAAGGUCUGUGGGAUAGCUGUACUAGACAGGUGAAAACAUCUAGGUAUACCUGGGGGUUGAUUAUUAUUACGAGCAAUGUAUGUGAUAGUAAAAUUUUGCGUGUGGUGGUGAUAAUUGAGUGAGGAAUUUUGUGAUAUUUCUUGAUAAAGAUAAUAGCAGAGAAAAAUUGGUGUACCCGAGAUGUCGAUAUGAAACACAGCCUUGAUAACUAUUUAUGGGCAGACUUCAUACAAAAACAUUGUAAAGUACUGGUAAGGGGGCUUAAGGCAACUGAACAUGUUAGUUUUGGUAAUUCACUUGCGAAUAAAUCUGCAUAUGAACGAUUAAGUUUAUUAAUUGAGGAAUUAGUUUCUUCAAAAUUAUUUUAAAAAUGCCUGCGCCACCACCUCCGCCUCCGGGUCCUCCGCCCCUAUUGGGACCUCCACCUCAAAUGAGUGUUGCUCCUGUAAAAAAUGUAGAUCGAGGAGCUCUUCUUAAAUCAAUUCAACAAGGGGCAAGAUUGAAAAAGGCUGUCACCAAUGAUCGAAGUGCACCAAUUAUAGGAAAGCAAGCUACGAAUUCCAAUACUUCCACUAAUAAUGCAUCAAAUAUUUCUUCCACUCCAAAUGGGCUUGCAUUAGGAGGCCUAUUUGCUGGAGGUAUGCCAAAGCUUAGGCCUAUUAAGCAAACAGGUAGCAAUAAUAACAUUAAUUCAGGUAGUAGUUCGGUUCCAAAAUCUCCUGGGACACCUCAACAACAAAAGUCGUUUAGUGCUAUUCAAAACGAAGUACAGUCAGCGCUGAAAAAACAAAUGGCUAGCGAUAGCAAUAGAAAUAGGGGACCUCCUCCUCCUGCACCCGUCAGGAACGUUAGCCAAAGUACCGAAAAUUUAAAUCGCUGUGAUAAUACAAUGCAGACGGGUGGGACGUCGUUACAUAAAAAGUCAUAUUCUAGUUCAAAUACCACAUUCAAGAGCAGUUUGCAAGCCAUUAAUUCUCAAAUGAAUUCUUUAGAGACCUCUUUAAACAAAUUGCAGCCAAACGUGAGCACUUUGCAUCGAAAAGCCAAUAGCAGUGCCAAUUUGAGUAUGCUAGAUUCCUCGGAUCCACCCAGCUUAAGUCUUCCGGCGAAACCAGUCAACCGGAAACCAAAUCUUGCUCCAAAACCGCCAAUUUUAAACGGAAAACCAGCAGCACCACCAAAACGGCUUAUGAUUAACGGUCGACCAUCCGGCAUCAGUCGGGCACAGAGUAUGCGUAGUCCACGUACACCGUCGCCCCAAAGCCCUGAAGACAACGAUGUAAAUUUUCAAGCCAAAUUUGGAACAGUCAGGAAUAUAUCUUCGGCUCUAAAUAAAUCAUUAGGACAAACUUUCACUCAGAAACCACGGCCGUCACUUAAUGGUCGUCCUAGCGCGCCUCCACCUUCCGCACCUACGCAGCAAGCUCCUCCGCCUCCAAUAAGCAAAACUGUUGUGGUGAAACCCCCCAAUCACGCACCACCUCCUCCCCCAACGUCUAUACCUCAGCCGCCCAGUCACCCCCCUCCACCACCUCCCCAUCGAACUCCCCAGCCAUUUAGACCACCUCCUGCAGUGCCAAAUAGCAAUCACAGUUCGAAUACUACUGCUGCGCCGCCUCCUCCCCCAAGGCAUUCUUCAAUGAGGGAUAGUGCAGCGAGCAGAAGAAUAUCGCCAGUUGACUUAGAACAAAAAUAUAAAGAGUAUUUCCACAGUAUUAUCGAGAUACCCAAUCCACCUGUUUUCAGGGGAUUUCCCAAGAUUUAUUCGAAUCGCAACGUUGGUAAUAAGCAACAGGCACCGAUGCCACCGAACCAUGUGUCUUUGGGUAACCGAACAUGGGAUGCAUCGGCGUGCUAGCUAUGGCCGAAACGGGUCCCUUGACGGCCCCAUUAAAAUAUAGGCCCCGGUCGUUCGCUUGUCCUACUACAUUCGCGAUUUCGACGGAGCUGUAUACUGUGCAAUGCAUUGCGCUGACGCGCUGUGCGUGUUAAGGCUGAUGUAUGUAUGUUGUAGGUAGUCGUAAAUGUGGGAAAGGUAUGGCGCAGUUUAUAAUUACUAUUUUUUUUAUCUCGAAAUUUCUUUUUGAUUCCCUCUUUUUUUUUAAGAAAUUAGAUUUCAAAUCCAAACAAUGAGGUAUUGAUUUAAACAAUAAUAAUCCACUUACUUUUUUAUAAAGUAAUGAUUUGCUAAAAACCUGUUUUUUCAUCUCAAUUUAUAUAAUUUUUUAAAUAAUAUUUCAGAAAGUAGGGCGUGAAAUUUUCUGAGAAUGUAGGAGAGAGUAUGUUAACAUCUAGAAAAGUUUUUUUCUUAUGUUUACAAUGCAAUUCGUUACCUUAAAUAAAUUGUUUAAUUGCAGCUUAGGUUUGGGUGUAUAAGUAAAUGAAUAGCAGACACUAUUGUAUUUACUUGUGAUAGUUUCUUAUAAAUAGUAGAGGUUGAUAAUAAAAAGACCAAGUACCAAAUGGGAAUCUAUUGUGCCUAUAAUAGUGAGGGUGUAUUAAUGUUUCAAAAUCAAAUUGUUGAACCUUCUCUUGUACAAUAGCCCUUAGAUAAUGAGUCGUUUUAUAAAAAAGUAUAGUAGUCUUUGUCACCAUUAGGAAAGAGAAAAAUAGUGAAAUUUGUGAGUCUCUAUUUUACAUCUCAUUAUGUACUUAUAGAAACGUGUAUUGGGUUAAUUUUAGAUUAACUGCAGUUUAAAAGAAAAAAGAAAAUAAAUGUGUUUUUGAUAUUGAUGAAAUAGAGGCUUACUGUAAUUACAUACUCUUAACACAUAUCAAUUUUGCAAUUGUUCUAUAUCAGAUCUGCCCACAACAAGACUGUGAUGAAGGUUGUUAUUAAGAACUAUAAUGUAUUAAUUGCUAUUAUUGUAUAAUAUUUAUUACAUACUACUAAACAACACAAUAGAAAAAA